AUGAUCACACAUACCAAUGCUCUCCCUCCUCAGCACAUGGAGCAUUUCUUCCGCACAGUGGAGCACAUGGAGGGCUGGAACUCACUGCUGAAGCCCUUGGCUGUAUGCCCAGUCAUCAUCCAGUGGUGUCAGUGGGAGACCAAACCAUACCGGGGCACGCCUACUGAGCUGGUCCUACCCCUCUCCUUCAUGUAUAUCCACUGCACCUUUCAGCCCAGCCAGCCCUGCCUGUCCUUCCAGCAGUGCUCCGCAAACAUGAGGGCCAUGCAGCACUUCCACCAAGAUGACCGUGGCUGGGAUGACAUUGGAUACAGUUUCAUGGUUGGCUUGGAUGGGUACAUCUAUGAGGGGCAUGGCUGGCAGUGGCGCGGGGCCCACACCAAGGGCCAUAACUCCCGCGGCUAUGGCAUCUCCUUGAUUAGGGACUACACAGCCGACCUACCUGCACGCCACGCCCUGGAGCUGUGGAGGGGGCGGAUGACAGCCACCCUCACCAUGCAUGGCCACUGGCAGCUGGUCAACACCUCCUGCCCCGGCGAUGCUCUCUACUCUGAGAUCCAGGGCUGGGAGCACUUCAGGGAAGUUCAGCCCUGA